CUCUCUGUAUCCCUCUCUCUCCCUCUCGAAGGUGAAGAAACCAAUGGGGGUGAAGUAUCUGUGGGAUGUUUUGGAGCCUUGUAAGAAGACUUUCCCACUCGAUCAUCUUCAAAACAAAAGGGUAUGCGUGGAUCUCUCGUGUUGGAUGGUUGAGUUGCAUAAAGUGAACAAAUCUUAUUGCGCCACCAAAGAAAAAGUUUAUCUUCGGGGAUUCUUUCAUCGACUCCGAGCCCUAAUUGCCCUAAACUGCUCCAUCAUUUUAGUCUCAGAUGGUGCAAUUCCCGGAAUCAAAGUACCAACUUACAGGCGUCGGUUGAAAGCAAGAUUCGAGGUCGCUGACGAUGGCGUUGAACCUGGUAAAGAGACUUCACUCAAAAGAAAUAUGGGGUCCGAGUUCUCGUGCAUCAUCAAAGAGGCGAAAGUUAUUGCAUCAACGCUGGGGAUACUUUGUUUAGACGGGAUUGAGGAGGCUGAGGCGCAAUGCGCACUGCUAAAUUCAGAAUCCUUAUGUGACGCCUGUUUUAGCUCUGAUUCAGAUAUCUUCCUUUUUGGUGCAAAGACUGUAUAUAGAGAAAUAUGCCUUGGUGAAGGAGGUUAUGUUGUUUGCUAUGAGAUGGAUGACAUCAAGAAAAAGCUUGGUCUUGGACGGAACUCAUUGGGGAGAUAUGACUGUGAGUAUGAAUGGUUCCACUACAAUGUUGUAGCUAUAGCUCUAGCGCUUUUGCUUGGCAGUGAUUACUCUCAGGGAGUUCGUGGGCUUCGUCAGGUGAAAGCUUGUGAGAUUGUUAGGUCGAUUGGAGAAAAUAUUAUUCUUGAAAAGGUUGUCUCAGAAGGACUUGCCUUUGCGGAAAAACCUAGAAAGCCUAAGAAGCAAGUUAAGCCUUCUGUGUGCAACAAAAAGGGGACCUUACCUUUGGUGGUUAUAAAUGGAAAAAAUCGUGAUCCAGAAGGACUGGAACAGAUCAAGCAGGUGAUCGAUGCGUUCAUGAACCCCAAGUGCCACCAAGCAGGCUCUACUACAGUUUCCAGGGCCCUAGCUGAAUUCUCUUUCCAGCGCACCAAGCUUCAGGAGAUAUGUCAUCAGUACUUUGAGUGGCCCCCUGAGAAAACAGAUGAAUACAUACUUCCUAAAGUUGCUGAAAGAAAUCUGAGAAGGUUCGCUAUUUUGCAAUCAAGAUCAACUGAGGUUGAAGUUAACCUUCAUCUCGAUAAGCCACAGAUGCGAGAGAAGUGUCCGGUGUCUGAAAUCAUAAAGACUCGCAAAGUACAGGGAAGAGAAUGUUUUGAAGUCUCAUGGAAUGAUCUAGAAGGGUUAGAGACGUCCAUUGUUCCUGCUGAUCUUGUAGAAAGGGCUUGUCCUGAGAAGAUCAUAGAGUUCAAGGAGAAAAUGGCAGCAAAGAAGAAGAAACCGAAGCCGAAACAAAAACAGAAGAAUACUAGUUCACCGACCAAAUCUUCUUCUCUUACCGAACUCAGCCUCGAACUCCAACACCUUACUCUCAACACAACCUCUGUAGUAACUACAAGCACCCUAGAAAAAGCUGGGCAAGAAAAAGAAAAACAAGAAAAUUCCAAGAAACAUGACUACUUGUGUCUUAUUGAUUCACCCGAGAGAGAAAAUAGCAAUAACGCUUGGUCGGAAAUGGAUAGAUUCAGUGUUGGUCCAAGUUCUUGUUCAUUGUAUCCGGAAACAGAAGUCAUUGAUCUGAUAAGCCCUUGUCCAGAAACUCGUCCACCCAGAGUGUCAAGAAGUUAUCAAGAAAAGAAGAGCCAUGAUCAGCAACUUGAGAGUGUGAUUGAGCUGAGUGAUUCAGAGACAGAUGAUGAAGAACAUUGCAAAAAAGCAAGAGAGCUUAGGAUGUUUCUUCAAAACAUGAGGAAGGACAUUAUACUCUGAUGAAACAAAACUGGACGAUGAUCAUUUAAGAUAACUACAUAUAUCUAUGCAUUGUAAGAAUAAUAAAUGUUACGAGUUCUUUAAUCUGAUUAAUUAGUUA